GCCCCUCCAGCGCUUCGAAUGAGGACGCCGAGCGCCGCUGAGGCUACGAGGGCCGAGCGAGCGCGAGCCGGCGAGCGGCGCAGGGACCCCGCGGGCGGCUGGGUCUUCCGCGGCGCCCGCUCCUGCUCCCUCCCCUCGGGCGCUGGGUGCAGACCGGCCGGCCGGCGCCGCCUCCUGGGAAGAUGGCGCUGCACUUCCAGAGUUUGGCUGAAUUGGAAGUGUUAUGUACUCAUCUCUACGUAGGGACUGAUCUUACACAAAGAAUAGAGGCUGAGAAAACACUCUUGGAACUUAUUGACAGCCCAGAAUGUCUCAGCAAGUGUCAACUUUUAUUAGAACAAGGAACAACAUCCUAUGCCCAGCUCCUUGCAGCAACAUGUCUUUCAAAACUUGUCAGCCGAGUCAGUCCUUUACCUGUUGAGCAGAGGAUGGACAUCAGAAACUACAUUCUGAAUUACGUGGCAUCACAGCCCAAGCUGGCUCCCUUUGUCAUCCAAGCUCUUAUUCAAGUCAUUGCUAAAAUCACUAAGUUGGGGUGGUUUGAGGUUCAGAAAGACCAAUUUGUCUUCAGAGAAAUUAUUGCUGAUGUGAAGAAGUUUCUCCAGGGUACUGUGGAGCACUGCAUAAUAGGAGUAAUAAUCCUUUCUGAAUUGACUCAGGAAAUGAACCUGGUUGAUUAUUCUAGACCUUCAGCAAAACACAGGAAAAUAGCUACCUCAUUUCGUGAUACUUCUCUCAAAGACAUUUUAGUGCUAGCAUGCUCUCUUUUGAAAGAGGUGUUGGCCAAACCUUUAAAUCUUCAAGAUCAAUGUCAGCAAAAUCUGGUAAUGCAGGUCUUGAAACUGGUCCUUAACUGCCUUAACUUUGACUUCAUUGGCAGUUCAGCAGAUGAAUCUGCAGAUGAUCUUUGCACGGUGCAGAUUCCAACAGCUUGGAGAACAAUUUUCCUGGAACCAGAAACAUUGGAUCUUUUCUUCAAUUUGUAUCAUUCACUUCCACCACUACUGUCUCAGUUAGCACUUUCAUGUUUAGUUCAGUUUGCUUCGACAAGAAGGUCCUUAUUUAACAGUCCUGAACGUGCCAAGUACCUUGGUAAUUUAAUUAAGGGAGUAAAAAGGAUACUUGAAAACCCUCAGGGUUUGUCUGAUCCAGGUAAUUAUCAUGAAUUUUGCCGAUUUUUGGCUCGUUUAAAGACAAAUUAUCAGCUGGGAGAAUUAGUUAUGGUGAAGGAAUAUCCUGAAGUUAUUAGAUUGAUUGCUAAUUUUACCAUUACUAGCCUACAGCAUUGGGAAUUUGCUCCUAACAGUGUUCAUUAUUUGUUAACUCUGUGGCAAAGGAUGGUAGCGUCUGUUCCUUUUGUGAAAUCAACUGAACCCCACCUAUUAGACACUUAUGCACCAGAAAUCACAAAGGCCUUUAUCACUUCUCGGUUGGACUCAGUUGCCAUAGUUGUGAGAGAUCACUUAGAUGAUCCACUGGAUGAUACUGCCACUGUGUUUCAGCAGUUGGAGCAGUUGUGCACUGUCAGCAGAUGUGAAUAUGAGAAGACAUGUACUCUUCUUGUGCAGUUAUUCGACCAAAAUGCACAGAAUUACCAAAAACUUCUGCAUCCAUCUUCUGGUGUAACUGUGGACAUCACCAUUCAGGAAGGACGUCUUGCAUGGCUGGUAUACUUAGUUGGGACAGUUGUAGGAGGAAGAUUAACAUAUACCAGUACAGAUGAGCAUGAUGCUAUGGAUGGAGAAUUAUCCUGUCGAGUUUUUCAGCUUAUAUCUUUAAUGGACACCGGAUUGCCUCGAUGUUCUAAUGAGAAAAUAGAGCUUGCAAUUCUGUGGUUCUUGGAUCAGUUUCGUAAAACAUACGUUGGUGAUCAACUUCAAAGAACCUCAAAGGUUGUACACCUGAGGAGUGAUGUACCAAGAGUUCCAGAGAAGGCCUGGAAAAUAGUUAAGGUAUAUGCUCGUAUGUCAGAAGUCUUAGGAAUAACAGAUGACAACCACGUUCUAGAAACAUUCAUGACAAAAAUUGUUACAAACCUUAAAUACUGGGGAAGAUGUGAGCCUGUAAUUUCAAGGACUCUUCAGUUCCUAAAUGACCUUUCUGUUGGCUAUAUCCUUUUAAAAAAACUUGUGAAGAUAGAUGCUGUGAAAUUCAUGCUAAAAAACCACACGAGUGAACACUUCCCUUUUCUUGGCAUCCGUGACAGUUACAGUCUCAGCGACUUCAGGUGUCGAACAACCUUCUACACAGCGCUCACUCGCCUUCUGAUGGUAGAUCUAGGCGAAGAUGAGGAUGAAUUUGAGAAUUUCAUGCUGCCUCUUACAGUUGCUUUUGAAACAGUAUUACAAAUAUUCAACAACAACUUUAAACAAGAAGACGUAAAGCGUAUGUUGAUCGGGCUGGCAAGAGAUCUUCGAGGGAUUGCCUUUGCACUGAACACAAAGACCAGCUACACCAUGCUGUUUGACUGGAUGUACCCAACAUAUCUUCCCCUUCUUCAGAACGCUGUUGAACGGUGGUAUGGAGAGCCAGCGUGUACAACUCCCAUCUUGAAACUUAUGGCAGAACUUAUGCAAAACAGAUCCCAGCGUUUGAAUUUUGAUGUAUCAUCUCCUAAUGGAAUUCUUCUCUUCAGAGAAGCUAGUAAAAUGGUUUGCACUUAUGGUAAUCAGAUCCUGUCCCUGGGGAGCCUCUCAAAAGAUCAGAUUUAUCCAAUGAAACUCAAGGGCAUCUCCAUCUGCUAUUCAGCUCUCAAGUCUGCCUUGUGUGGAAAUUAUGUCAGCUUUGGCGUCUUCAAGUUGUAUGGGGACAACCAUUUUGACAAUGUACUCCAGGCCUUUGUCAAAAUGCUGCUGUCAGUGUCCCACAGUGACUUGCUACAAUACCGGAAACUGAGCCAGUCUUAUUAUCCACUCCUGGAAUGUCUCACUCAGGACCAUAUGAGCUUCAUCAUCAACUUAGAGCCUCCUGUACUCAUGUAUGUUCUCACAUCUAUCUCAGAGGGACUCACUACUCUUGAUACAGUUGUCUCCUCCAGCUGCUGUACCAGUUUAGACUACAUCGUCACCUACCUCUUCAAGCACAUAGCAAAAGAGGGCAAGAAGCCACUUCGAUGCAGAGAGGCUACCCAGGCUGGUCAGAGACUAUUACAUUUUAUGCAGCAAAACCCAGAUGUCCUGCAGCAGAUGAUGUCUGUCCUCAUGAACACCAUUGUCUUUGAAGACUGUCGGAACCAGUGGUCAGUAUCCAGGCCUCUCCUGGGGCUCAUCCUGCUUAAUGAGAAGUAUUUCAGUGAACUGAGAGCAAGUUUGAUAAACAGCCAGCCUCUCCCCAAGCAGGAGGUCCUUGCCCAGUGCUUCAGAAACCUAAUGGAAGGAGUGGAGCAGAACCUGUCCGUCAAGAACAGAGACAGGUUCACCCAAAAUCUGUCUGUAUUCAGAAGAGAUGUGGCAGAGGCGAUGCGCAGUGAUGGCAACACUGAACCAUGCAGUCUCGACAUGAUGAGCUGACCCGACUUUUCUGACCAUGUGCGGAGCAGCCUUUAUCAAGAGACUCCUGAAGGUCUGGGUCUCAGGACAGUGAUGUUGGCUAGCCCAGGGGAAUGUAUUUUUCAAAACAUACAAGCAACAACAAAAGCCCUAUCUUCUUAUACGUCUAGCCUAAUUAUAAGAAUUUCUAAUAGUACACAGUGCAAAUUCAGUCUUUUCUCUGAAAAGCAAAGGAUGUGUUUUCAGUCUUUCUAUCAAAUAUUAUCUUUGUUCUCCUAAUGCUCUGAAGGGAUGUAGAAACAGUAUUUAACCAAAGAACAUAAUGAACCAGGUUUGCACCUAAGUGUGUACCAGUUUAUGGUUCUGCAAUCAAGGUUGUCAAUUUGUUGCAGAUGCAGCCUUCACCGUGGAUCCUGGAUUGAGACGAAUGCCAUUGGAACCUGUUAAAUGAGUAGUUUGUUAUGUGUCUGGAAGAAGCAGCGUUAGGGACUUUGGGCUGUGAGCAUUUAGAACGAGCCUGGAAGCACUACAGAGCAUCCCACAGGACCACACGCAGGCCUCCCUGCCUCAGCUGCAUCUGAUAAAGUUGAGAGACAGUAACACAAUUAAAUGACUUACAAACAACGUUUGCUUUUCACUGGCAUAAAUCUGAAGUGGUUCAGUCUAGAAGAAUUAAGCUGUGCAAUUACUGCCUGCAGAGAUAUUUCUUCAGGAGGAGUCAUGUAGCCCCAGUCAGAAGUUCUGGGUGGUGCCAGCACCCAGUCUUCUGCCUCCAUUUAAUUUUUAAGAGAAGGUGAAGGUAACUAUUAGAAUAUAAUAUUUGAAGCAGCUCUGCCUUCUUAGGGCUACCCAAAACAGUUCUAGGUGCUAAAAUUCAGAUUUUCAGAGGAUGAGAAACAGCUGGUUUCCAACUCGCCACAAAAACUCUUAUUACUGUUGGGACUUGGGAUUGUGACUUAACCCAAACCCAGAACAUGAAGAAGACCUUUACAGUUUGUGCUAUACUGUUACUAGGCUAUUAAUUUGAGAUUGCCCACUGUCAAGUGUUUUACUAUCUCACUGCUGUUGUUAUGAUUCAGGCUUAUAAUAAAUAUUGUGUCCUUUAUUUCUGAUAAGACAUGAAAGGUUGGCCUUACUGUUGAACAAGAAGUAAAUCCACAGGC